UCAAUAGAAUAGGAGGAUUGGGUAUAUAAACCCACCGCCUCCAUCUUGCGCCCCUCCUCUCCCCUUUUGCAUGCCUCACCGGCCUCUCCACCUCCCCCAAUCCCUCCAAUGCACCACCACUACUGCUAACCCCUGCUCCCGAUCCCCACCCCCGAUCCGCCCGCCUCCCCCGAUUCCCUCCAGGUUGUUGCAAUCCGAUCGGAUUUUUAUUUCUCCCCUUUUCUUGGUUCUUGCUUUCUUGAUCUGAAGAUGACGGGCGGGAUGGUGGCGGCGGCGGCGGCGGCGCCCGCGACGGUGGACGACGAGAGGCCCGAGGAGAAAGAGAUGGACUUGCUCCUCAGCGAGAUCCCCCAGGUCACCGCCCCGCAAGGACACCGCCUCGGCGGCGGACCGCCGCCGCGCCAUCACGGGAACUCCACCCCGCGCCACCACGGCCACGGCGGGGACGCGUACUACGCCAUCGCCAUGACUAGCCGCCGCGAUGACGGUGGCCACCUGCCGGGCGGCGGCGGCGGCUUCCGCGUGUACCCGGCGCCUCCAAGCCCGUUCGUCGGCGGCGCGCCCUCCCCGCUGCCGCAGGCGGCGGACGACCCGGCGGAGAAGCUGUGGCUGGCGAGCCAGUUCCGCGGCCUGCUCCUCGAGGACGGCGCGCCCGCGCCCGCCAACACCGCCCCGCCGGAUUUCUCCGCGGCGCACGGCGCCUACUUCGGCUACCACUUCGGGGCGCCGGGUUCCUCGUUCCACGGCGAGCCCCUACCGCCUGAUCAGGCCAGGUACGCCGCGCCGCCGCCGCAGCAGCGCUUCGCCCUCGGAGGAGGAGCGGACGUCGGCCUGGUGGGUGGCCACGGCGCCUUCCCUAGAGCCUUGGAUGCCAGCAUGGGCGGCUUCGUGUACAACAGGACAGGAAACAGCACCGGCAUCGGCUUGAUGCACCCUGGUCACGGCCAUGCCCAUCCCGACCCCUUCAUGCUUCCCGGGCAGCAGGCUGCCGCCCCCGCGGAGCACAACUGGGGCUAUCUUGGCAGCACCGGCCCCAUCGCCUUCGACCCCCGUGGCCGUUCACCCAAGCAGCAAUGCGAGUACGGCGUGCCUGUGCCUGUGGCUGGGAACCGGUACACCAAAGGCGGCUUCAAUCAGGUGGAGGUGUUUCGCCGCGAGGACGGUCAGAAUUUCGACGGGAAGAAGAACGUCCCUUUCCUGAACCGUGCCAAGGAGAGGAGGUUCCAGCAUCAUGGCAACAGCAGGGCGCUGGAGCUGGAGAGCCCCAGGAUGCUGAGGUACGAGAACAUGGUUGGAGUCAAGGGCUACAUCUACUUCAUGGCCAAGGACCAGAAUGGGUGCCGCUUCCUGCAGCAGAAGUUUGAGGAGGAGAAGCAUCACGUGGAUGUCAUCUUUGAGGGAAUCAUCGACCACAUUGCAGAGCUCAUGACCAACUCCUUUGCCAACUAUCUCAUUCAGAAGCUUCUGGACGUGUGUGAUGAGGAGCAGAGGCUCAGGAUCAUUGUUGUGCUCACAGAGGACCCUGUCAAGCUGCUCAGAAUCUCUCUCAACACACAUGGGACAAGGGCAAUACAGAAAUUGAUAGAGACUGUUAAGACGAGGAAGCAGAUAGCACUCAUUGUUUCGGCCCUAGAACCAGGCUUUAUGCAUCUUGUCAAUGACCUUAAUGGUAAUCAUGUCAUACAGAAAUGCUUGUCCAACUUUGGUGCAGAGGAGAACAAGUUCAUAUUUGAUGCUGCUGCAAAUCAUUGUUUUGAAAUGGCAAUACAUCGCCAUGGCUGCUGUGUUUUACAAAAGUGCAUAACUAGUGCACGUGGUGAAAAUCAAGCAAAGCUAAUUGUUGAAGUGUGUGCUCAUGCCUUUCAGCUGGCUCAAGAUCCAUUUGGCAAUUAUGUGGUCCAGUAUGUCCUGGACCAGAGAAUUCCUUCUGCAAAUGCACACCUGGCAUCUCAGUUUGAAGGAAGUUAUGUUUAUCUCUCAAAACAAAAAGUGAGCAGCAAUGUGGUGGAGAAAUGCCUGAAGGUGUUCUCAGACGAGGACAAAGCUGCCAUAGUGUUUGACUUGAUCUCAGUGCCUCAUUUUGAGCAACUGCUGCAAGACCCUUUUGCAAACUAUGUUAUUCAUACUGCCCUUGUUAACAGCAGGGGCCAUGUCCAUAAUGCCCUUGUUGAAGCAAUCCGCCCUCAUGAAGAAGCCCUUCGGACCAGUCCCUGUUGUAAGAGAAUCUCUAGAGCUAUCUCUAGGAGGUGAGAGGUGUAUAAUCUGCGAUACCAAAGAAAGCUGUAUUGUUGUCAUUUAUGUUCACUAGCUGUUUACUAUGAUGUAUCUGCACACGAUCUUCGGAUUUCAAAAAGGUGGUUUUGGUCACAAGAAGGCUCGACUUGUCGUCGGCUUGUAGAGUUUACCAGGUGUUGCCAUCCGUGAUGUAGUUUUGCUGCGCGCCUAUUCCGAUGGCGAUGGUGUAAGAGUUGUAAAAAAACGUGUGCCUUUCUGAAUUGUCUAUUUUGUAUCUGCUGUAAUGUUUUCCUUUGGAUUGUGGGAACAGAGAAUAAUUAAUACUGGUGGACAAGUUGCUAUAAUUGUUGCUAUACAUUUGUGAUUGCAACCUUCUUGGAA